AUAAAUGACACACAACUUUCAUAGGUUGGGACACAAAUGUCAUAUUGGAUAGUUUAGAACACAAAUGACACAAUCUUGAUAGUUCGGGUUUCCUAGUGGUAGCAACCCAAAAAUAUAUAAUGUCAUUUAUCUUUUUGCUUGGGUUCUCAUGCAUAACCUCUAGUUAUACUGUACUAUAUUAUCUUGUUUUCUAUGCGGUAGGUGAAUCGCUAAAAGUAACGCUCCUGACAUUGUUAAGUGGAACAAUGACAAGAUCGCAAUAUAGCGACAACAAAUUUUAAUUAUUAAAUUCACGGGUCUCUAAAACUAAUGUUACUCACCUUCAGUAUAUUAUCUAGACAAAUUAGGUUUGGAAACGAUUACUUGAAAAACAACUAAAAUAAACAAUAAAAUGAAUGAUUUGAAUAAGUUCAAGAUUAAGACAUAUCAGUUAGCCAUUGAUUCCCUCUAGCCACUAGCCGGAUUGAUGAUUAAUGGUUCUUUAACUCAUUUCACUCAUUAUUCAAAUGCAAAGAGUGCUUAACAAGUCUUGAAUCUCAAUUAAAGCAAUCAAGACCCUCUUGGAUCGAUUGCUUAGAGGGACUCUAUCCUCACUAAGACAACCAACCAAAGCAAUUUGAUCUAGACUUCCUCUAUUGAUUGAUACCCAAUACAAAGCAAUGAAUCAACUCACUCUCUUGCAAUCGACCCCAUACUUCCAAUCAAUGUUAGCUCUAUCAACUUAAUAAGAUAUUCUCUCUCCUGGAUCAAAGCAGAAAUUAUCAAUACUUUAUCAGAGCAAAGAUAUUUCAAUGAAUAUGCAUUGAUUAGAUAUAAACUAUGAUUCAACAAGUCAAAGCAUCCAUACAAUCACCAAUUCAACAAAUCAUGACUAGGGUUCCUAUACCCAAGUGAAAAUAGAGUUUUCUUCAUAUAGAGAGAUGAAAUUACAAAGGAAAAGAAGAACUCAUGACAGAUAAUAUUUGUUGGGCCACGUAGUUGAGCGUACUUGGGCCUCGGGGCCCAGGAAAAGCGAGUAGGCGAACUAGGCCUAGUAGAGUAUCUGGCCCGGUCAGGAAGACCAGGAUAGCAGGUGGUCCUGGACUGACUCUAAACCCAAGGAGUAGCUAGGGUGCCUGACAUAAAGCGACUGACUACGACAGAAAGGUAAAGAUCCGUUGAGAUACGUACCUCGGGUUGGGUAAGACUGGACAUUUAUUGCCCGCCGCAGGCGGUCCACAUAAGGAAUAGGCCUGCUCGGGACGCCUGACGUAGCAUUUAAUGUCUUAUUCACCACCAUGCUAGGUAUAAAUGCACCAUGAGAGCAUUGAUGGUAAACUCAACUACUCUCUUUCUCUAUACAAUAAACACAUUCUCAAACACUUCUCUAUCUAACUCAAGCUUUGGAGAGUGUCCUGGGCAACUGCCCACGGAUCCUUGUUUUGAAGGCAUCGGGAGUGCACCCUCCAUCCAAGAACAGACGCCUCGCUAUUGCCCUACAAACCUCCUAGUAUUUACUAGGAACAAACAAUUUGGCGCCCACCGUGGGGCAUAAGUGAAGCACCAAAGAAAGGAUGGAUGGGAGCUCCAGAACACCAGUGUAGGACAUGGUCGGCAGGGAAAGCAUCCGAGGCCUGGAAAUGUCGACGGUCGAGGAAGAAAGAGACACGGAGGAGCGCGUGAAAGAUCAAGGCCAGCAAAUCUCUAGCAUGCAGGAAAGCCUAAGUCAAAUACUUGCCAUGCUCAGAGCCAGAGACGAACCAGAAAGCGCCAGCAGACAGAGAGACAAAGGCAAAGGAGUAGACGGAGAGAUUCCCGUCAGCCCUGCUCGGACAAAAGGCGGGGAAUCAGAAGAAGAGGAUGGAGCGGAAGGCGAACACCUCAACUUCCUGGAAGAACACUUGCGACCCUCCUACGGGAAGGCAAAGGCCUACAAUGUGCUGCAGAACCCCUUGGCAAAGAGUUUGUUCAAAAUACUCAAGUGCCCUCAAACUUCUCGUCGCUGGGGCUACCUGCCUAUAAUGGAAAUUCAGAUCCCACGCACCACCUAAGCGCCUUCAUGCUCAAGAUGCAGUUGAUAAAUACCUCAGAUGCAGACAUGUGCAAGAUGUUCCCGGUCACCUUCAGCGGCCAGUGUCGAAGCUGGUAUGCGUCCUUACCAGAAGGGAUUAUCGAGAACUUCUAGCAGUUCGCCACCUUGUUCUCGUCAAAAUUCGCGCCACAUCGAAGGAGAUAGCUGACAGUGUCAGCGCUCAUGAAUUGCAAGCAAGGAGAAGAUAAAACAUUGAUGGACUUCAACGACCGGUGGAACACGAUAGCGUGCGAGGUCCAAGACAUAUCGACUAGUGUGGCCACCAGAAACCUGAGGGUGUCAACACACAGUCGAGAGCUAAAAAGGGCGCUCAUCAAGAAGAAAAACAACAUAGGGUCCUGGCCAGACCUAGAUCGUUUGGUGAGGAAGACCAUUUUCUUGGAAGAGGCGCUAACAGCAGAAGACGGCACCAAGAGAGCACGUGCCCAUACCACGUAGGCAUAUAAGGGAAGGACCGGAUCGCCGAAGAGAAGAGGGCGCACGCCCGAUAGGCGCAGUUACAAACCCCGAUAUAACAACCGAGAGGGAAGGCGAGAGUUGUUCGCCGCUGAAAAGGAGGACGAUGGGCAUCGAGAAGGGGCCAGCUCAAAAGAGAGGCACCCCCGGCAAAGAAGGAAGGAUAAUGAAAAGUGGUGCGACUG